AUGGCGGUACCACACAUCACGUCUUUCUGUUGGUGCAUGGGACUCGAAGCUGGUUCAAGGUUGAUAGGAUUUAUACAUUUAAUAAUAUCAUUCCUUCUGAUGGUCGUCUGUUCGAUUUACGCGGAGAAUUUCCGCGCGUACGUCGGCACAGUGGAAGACGCCGGCGACCGGAUCUACUCCACUUGGUACGCGAUCACCUGCGCAGUGGCAGUUCUUAGCGUCGUGCACGUGCUGCUGGCGUUGACUUUAUUAUUCGCCGUCUAUAAACGCAAUACAACAGCACUACGGGUGUGGGUUUGGCUGAUGUGUGCGCUGUUCACUGCGUCCUUUGUGUACGUGAUCGUUUCGAUGACCUUCGGCUUCUCUGUUUCCGGCUCGGACAUCUUCAUUGCAUUCUUGGAGGGCGCCCUCUUCUUCGGUUUGAUAGCGUACUGCAUCCUCUGUGUCAACAGCUACUAUUUAAUGCUGAAGAGCUCUGAAGAUAUGGAGGGACCACACAAGACAGACUACUAG